UAUUUCAGAUAAAAACAAUGUAUUUUAAUAUUAUGAUAGCUUUACGAGACGCCACUGGUGACGGCUUGUGACCCUAAUGUCGUAAUCCUUCAUGAUAUUUAACCCACAGAUUUAACCUAACUUAAGCUGUCAUCAAAACCCAAGUAAAAAACUGUUAUUUGUUGAUACAGAAUGUACGAAAAUACUCAAUUUAAAUAUGCAACUGCCUCAAGCACCGUAAGCCCUGAAGUAACUCAGUGGUUUGCAGCAGUCGAUAGAGAUAAAUCAGGGGAAAUUAGCUGGCAAGAACUCCAAUCUGCUUUGGUCAAUGCAGAGGGGCGAAACUUCUCAGAGUCAGCUUGCAGACUUAUGAUAGGGAUGUUUGAUAAAGACAAAACAGGUACCAUCAAUAUGAAUGAGUUUCAGGAGUUAUACAGCUACAUCAACAAUUGGCUUGGCACGUUUAGGCUAUACGACCGGGAUCAGUCUGGAAGCAUUGAACAGGCCGAGUUAAGUCAAGCUUUCCAACAAAUGGGUUUCCAAUUUUCUCCUGAGUUUACUAAGUAUCUUAUCGACCGAAGUGAUCUGAAGAAUCACGCAACUAUGUCUAUAGAUCAGUUUAUAGUUACUUGCGUUCAGAUACAAAGGUUUACUGAAGCGUUUCGAAACAAAGAUAUGGAAAGGAAAGGAACAAUUACCAUAGGAUUUGAAGAAUACCUGGGUAUAGCUUUAAACUGCUCUACAUAAUGUAUUUAAAUAUAAUUACAUCUACGUUUUAGCAAAUUAUUUUUGAUGGUUUUAUGUGCACAAUAACGAAUAUUAAAAUUUGACGGCACAAAAUUUAGGCGGUUAAAAUUUAAUGCAUUUAACCGUGGUUAAUCAACGAUAAUGAUUAUCUUUUUUGGACUAGUGCAAUCUGACCAAAUUUUGGUGCUCGUAAUUGUACAACAAUUCCGAGCUUCUUUCGCCUAAGUAGUUCUUUAAUGUUGUGCUUCAUGGAAAUGUGUCGAUUUUUUUGCAUAAACACCAACUGCUUGUUGCUUAAUAAUUAGUCUAGUGUAAUUCGAUUUUUAUAACGUUUUGGUACAAUGAAUUUAAGGGAAAGUAACAGUUGUAAAAUACAGAAAGAUGUUUUUCAUUGAAAUAUGCGUGGAUAGCAGUAUACAUUGGAAUAUAGAUUCACAUACGUAUUACAAAUGUUUUGCUCCGAACUCUUAGGGUGUAAAUUUAUAUAUAGUAAAUUCGAUGAGGUUGGAGGAUAGAUUAGAGAGAAUGGUCCUAUGUUAAGUCAGGUAGAUAUAAGAUAAACAAAAGGCUUAAUUUUUUGAAUGCACUAACAGUAAAGUAUAUCUAGUUAUAUCUUAAAAUAAUAAGGGUUUCCUUCAUCACAGGCAGUGUAGAUUAAAGAUUGUUUUAAUGGCUUACAAUCGAGUAGAGUUUUGCAUAAUUCAAUGCAGUUAAGUUUAGAAUUAGUACAUGAUAAAUAUAUAAAUAUAUAUACAUAUAAAUAUAUUAACGUUACCACAAAAAUGUAUAUAUAUUCAUUUAUUUAUAUACUUUUUAAUUAUGUACAAUUUUUUAAUUUUCAAAUUAAUCAAUUAUGUGCAAUUUGUUAAUUGUUAUAUCCUGAAGUUUCCAUUAAAACAGACUUUAAUUAAUUUAUUAACUGGAGUUGGUUAAGAAUCUUCUUAUUAACCAACUUUUGUUGAUAAGUAUGUAUCUGCAUACAUACAUUAAACUUAUAGAACGAAUAAAAAAUGCUUUCUAAGUAUAAGUUUAGGUAGUAAAGUAAGCUUCUAACGUCUUAAUACUGUCCUUACUACUACUAUAUACACUUUUUGCUGUCUCAAAAUAUAUGUUCUCUUAGGUAACUGGAAGUUAAGGAUUCAGUUUAGUUAUGGCAAAAAAACUGUGAGUUACACUAAUGUUGUCGACACCUGUUUUUCUAAUAAAAAAUAUGUGGUUGAGAUUUAUGACAAUGAAUUGUAUAUGCAGAUUUGCCAUUAAUAUACUUACAUAUAUAAUUUUAAGAAAUUGUCAGUUGUUAUUUGUCCUAGAAAGCAUUAGUAACAUUUUACUACCAUUACAUACUUUUUGAACUUUUUACUUAAAUUGUAAUUUAUUCGACAUUAAAAACAUCAUGAUUUA